AUGGGAAUAAAACCCUGCGAAGGAGACGAAAAUGAAGCCAGACUGAUGCGGUAUCUCAUGACUGACUACGAUGCUGCCGUGCGACCAGCGCAAAAUUCCUCGUUGCCACUAAGUGUUAUUUUCGGCAUUUCACUUCAUCAUAUUAUCGAUGUGGACGAAAAAAACCAAAUCCUUACAACAAAUUGUUGGAUAACGCAAAUUUGGGUCGACCACCAUCUUCGCUGGAACGUCUCCGACUUCGCUGGAAUAAAGGUUAUUCGAAUACCAUACACCAGAGUUUGGCGACCUGAUUUAAUUUUAUACAACAAGUGAGUGUUCUAUUAGCAUAAAAGCACUUUGAACUUAUUAUGUAACUCAACUGUUUCCUUGCGUUUAAUAUAAUUAUA